AGAGAGAGAAAGAGGUGAUAGAUAGUACAGACAGCAAAGUCAACAGGAAGGAAGUCUGCCUCGUAGCAGCCUUUUCUUUUGCACUGGCAAAGACCACAAACAAAACGGUUUCAAAUGCGAACCGAGAACAAGGAGAAAUUCAACAGCAUCGACAUCCCAGGUCCCCUCUGACCUUACUUUCGCCUUCGAUUCUCGAACAAGGAGAUUGGUGGUGGAUCGUUUGUGAAAUUCCGGGAGAAAUCGUGGAUCUCUUAAGUGGGUUAAAUCUGGAGUUUCGAUUUUAGGUUAUCAGAACAGGUAGAUGUUGAAAAUUUAGUGGAAGAAGUAGAGACGGUGCAGAUUUAUAUGGAUAGGUUAUGCUGCUUUAAUUCUCCCUAUUCUGAGUUUGUAGGAGUACGUUCCUCAUGUAGCUCUGGUAAGGGGCGAAGCCACCAAGGUCCAACGAAGUAUGGAUUUAGCCUAGUGAAAGGUAAAGCGAAUCAUCCCAUGGAGGAUUAUCACGUUGCUAAGUUUGUCCAGGUCAAAGGACGUGAGCUGGGAUUAUUUGCUAUUUACGAUGGCCAUUUGGGAGAUARUGUUCCUGCAUAUUUACAGAAGCAUUUGUUUGCCAAUAUUUUAAAGGAGGAAGAAUUUUGGACUGAUCCCAAUAGAUCCAUUUCAAAAGCCUAUGAAAGGACUGACCAAGCAAUUCUAUCCCACAGUCCCGAUUUGGGACGAGGUGGAUCAACUGCUGUUACUGCAAUACUUAUAAAUGGUCAAAAGUUAUGGAUAGCCAACGUUGGAGAUUCACGGGCAGUUCUUUCAAGAGGGGGACAGGCAAUACAGAUGACUACUGAUCAUGAACCUAAUACUGAGCGAGGCAGCAUAGAGAACAGAGGGGGAUUUGUCUCCAAUAUGCCAGGGGAUGUCCCAAGAGUAAAUGGCCAGUUGGCAGUUUCUCGUGCUUUUGGAGACAAGAGUUUAAAAUCACACUUGCGUUCGGAUCCCGACAUUCAAAAUGCAGACAUUGAUUUUAAUACUGAACUUCUCAUCCUUGCAAGUGAUGGUCUAUGGAAGGUAAUGGGUAAUCAAGAGGCAGUUGAUAUUGCAAGGAAGAUCAAAGACCCUCAUAAAGCAGCUAAGCAACUAACAACUGAAGCAUUAAAUAGAGAUAGUAAAGACGAUAUAUCCUGCGUUGUUGUUCGGUUCAAGGGAUGAAGCAUAAAGGAGAUAUUUAAUACUCAGCAGCUGCUAUACAUAUUUUAGUAGUCCCCCUUUUUGGGAUGCCAAUCUAUGGGCAAAACCAAUUAAGGGACUUCUGCCCCAGUAGGGUGGUACUGGUCGUCGUGAAACCCAGCACCAGCACGACUCACGAGUACGGAGUAAAAACACAGUUUACCUCCCUCCACCAGCCGCUGUAAAUUUUUUUUUCUUCUUUUUUCUGUUCCUUUCCUAGGUUGUGGGCUUUGAUAUUGUUUGAUUUCUUGAGCAUAUAUGUUAGCAAUGGGAUGUACACAAUUGGUUGUUAUCUUUUUCAUUUCUUUUCUCUAUUUUAAUUUCUAUUUGCACGAUGAAAUCCAUGGGGACGUGUAGUGGACAAACAGGGAUUUAUCAUUUAUUUGUGAUAAUGAAUGAAUGGAAAGUAUGGUUUUGUUCUUGAUGA